AUGAUAUUUCUAAUACUUUUGCUAUUACAAUUAAUUAAUAUUAAUCAAGCUAUUGCAAAUCAAAAGAAUAAAAAUAAUAUAAUAUUUAUAAACAAAACUCAAUUAACUCAGUUACCUAGAAAUUCUUCGUCAAUUGUUUUAUUCACUUAUGAAUCUUCUUCAAAAAAACGAACUACCGAUACCACUGCAUUAGAAGAUGAAUUCAAAAUCAUAUCUUCGGCAUGGACAACCAAUUAUAACAUUUCAAUAACCCCCAUUGCUUUCAUUCAAAUAAAUAUUGUAGAUUCUGAAACUGAGCUUCCAUUUAAAAUCCCAAAUAUUGUGAUAUUCCCUACUAAUAUUAUUGAUGUAAAUCAUACUAUAGAUAUUCAAAAACACUUUAAAACUGAAGAAGAUAGAAUUCAUGACAUAGUGGAUCAAAUAUCAAGAAUUUUAGAAGUUCCAGCUUUUCAAAUAAAAAUGCCCACAGACUAUGUAAUUAUAUUUUUAAGAAUAAUAUUAGCGUUAAAUGUUUCAUUUCUUAUAUACCGUCAUCAUAAACUUGCUGUUAAUGCGGUUCAAAGUAAAUUCGUAUGGGCAUUUUGUUCUUUAACUUUCAUUAUCUUAAUGAUUAGUGGACAUAUGUAUAAAUCUGUGAAUAAAUUAGGAGUAUUUGGUUAUGAUGAAAAUGGAAUGAGACUAAUUUUACUACGGAAUAAGCUCCAAAAACAAUACGGAAUUGAAACUUAUUAUAUUUUUAUCAUUCAUAGCAUUUUACUUGGGCUUGUAGUAUUAUUAACAAACAUUAUUCCAUUGAUUAAGCCCAUGUACCAAAAUUACAAAAACCCCGACAAAGGCAUUUCAAUGUCUGCAAUAAUCUCUAUAACAUGUAGUAUAUUAAUUAUACUAGUUUUUUCAGUAUUCAGAGAACUGUUUCAGUUAAAGUAUGAGCUGAAUAGAUCUUUAUUUAAUCUUCAAAAGUCAGAUUUGAACAAAUCAGCUAUUUAA